GUUUAUGGUUAUAAUAUUCCCUUUUGCCCUGUAGCAUGCUCGCCCGGGUAAGCUUAGUCCACUCGUCUUAGCGUCGCUGACGGGGGAAAUCCACAGCAAACAACACUUUCAUCUCUUCCUCUCUCCAUAAUAUCUUGACUUCCACAUAUAACCCUUCACGCCGGCUGAUUCUCUAGAGGAGCCGCUGUCCUGCACUCUACACGCCCCGUUUAAGAAAGCAUGGAGCACGAAACACGGCUUCAGCAGGUGCCCAACUUUAGAGACGUGGGCAAAACUGUCAACCAAUUUCUAGGAGAGAGACGCAUUCGCGAGGGCCUCUUUUACCGUUCCGGAAGGCUAGACGACGCCACCGCUGCAGACAAGAAUCUCAUUCGAGAUGAGCUUGAGGUGAAGACGGUGAUUGAUUUGCGGACAAAAACUGAGAUUCUCAAACAAAUCAAGAAGCACCAACUUGAAUCCGGCCAAUCUUCCGGCGAACGUCUCCAAAUACAAGGUUUAAACUACCACGGAAUCAAAAUCAACGGCAAAUCAUUCGAGAGACAUCUAUUGAGCUUGCUAUCAUGGUGGGACUUCUUCAAAGUCAUCUUCUUCUUCAUCCUCGGAUAUCGUAUAGAUGCUGUCAGGGUACUUAGCCACCAAGUCAUGUUGCCUCGUGGGCUUGUCGGCCUUGGCCUUGACACACUCGAUUACUGUGGCUCUGAGAUACGAGAAGCCCUCUCGUUAUAUACUACUCCUCAGUCACUUCCCUCCAUCAUACAUUGUACCCAGGGGAAAGAUCGUACAGGCAAGAUGAACUCUCUUUGGCUCAUAUGCACUUUGGUACUGAUGAUACUGAGAAUCCCCAGAGCGGCCAUAGAGCACGACUACUUUCUGACCGACGCUGCUCUUUUGCCCAGCCGGCCUCAGAUGCUUGUAGAAAUCCAUGAGAUUGGCCUAACUGAUGAGUGGGCGGGUACGGCCAGGGAUAUGAUUUCCUCAGUUGAAUCUCACAUCAAAGCCAACUACGGAAGCUUGGAGGGCUACCUUGACUCCAUCGGGUUUGACCAAGAUCAGCGAGCCAUGAUCCAAGAGACUUUACUCUACUAA